AUGCUUCCAGCGGACCGGGCUGAGUUCCGGAACUCAUCGCUGGAAGAGAUCGUCGACGGUACCUACCGCAAUACUGUUCGGCACAUUCACGAAGUCGACACCCUGAUAUUCAUCGCCCAAGGAUGUCAGGAGGAGACUCGGCGACUCAGCCGGCAGUUGGAGCCGGCCAGGAAGAGGGUCGCCGAGUUGGAGGCCGCGCUGGCUGAGGCCGAAGCGCGGAGGGAAGCGACAGAGGCUGGGCGACUAGCCAUUAUUGAGGAGCUCGAGGAGGAAAGGGCUGCUCAUUCCCUGGCCAAGUCGGUCCUGCGCGCUUCGGAGGUGCGUCUGGCGGAGACUCAGUCCGAGGUUGCGGGCCUCAAAUACGAGGGCGGGGUCUUGCGCCUGAAGGUCGAGCAACUUGAGGCCCGGAAAAGGAGGGCACUCGAGCGAGCCGAGCAUGCCGUGGACUUCUUCAAGGACUCGGACGAAUUCCGCGACAUGCUAGAGGAGGAGACCAUGGAUGGGUUCCUCCGUGGCUUCGAUAACUUUCGGAGGCAUAUGGCUCGGUUCUGCCCCCAGCUCGAUCUCUCAAUGAUUCGUCCGAGGAUGAGGUUGGGCACCGACUCCGACGAUGACGUUCCUGCUGCCCUCGCGUCCGAGGAGGAGUCUGCCGAGGCUGAGGCGGACGUAGCCGCGCCGGCGGUGACGGAGGCUCCCCCUCGCGAAAUCACCGAGGACGCUCCCGAGCCGCCCGCCGAGGUCACCGCCGCAGACCCCGAGCCCGUGUCCGCCGAAGGCCCCCAGGUCAUCGCCAUAGAUGACCUCGAGGGUGACGCCGACGCAACUGCCGCCCCUUAG